AUGGAGAGGGUCAACAAAACCGGCAGUGUCUCUGAGUUCAUCCUCCUGGGACUGUCCUCACGGCCUGAGGACCAGAAGCCACUCUUUGCCCUGUUCCUCAUCAUGUACCUGGUCACUCUGGUGGGAAAUACGCUCAUCAUCCUGGCCAUCCGCUCUGACACUCAGCUCCAGACACCGAUGUAUUUUUUCCUCAGCAUCUUAUCCUUCAUUGAUGUUUGCUACACAACAACCAUUGUUCCCAAGAUGCUGGUGAACUUCCUGUCAGAGAAGAAGUCCAUCUCCUAUGCUCAGUGUAUGACCCAGAUGUAUUUUUUCUUAGCUUUUGCCAACACAGAAAGCUAUCUCCUGGCUGCCAUGGCCAUCGACCGCUUUGUGGCCAUCUGUGACCCUUUCCACUAUGUCACCACCAUGAGCCACUACCGCUGUGUCCUGCUGCUGGCCUUCUCCUGCUCCAUCUCUGACCUCCAUUCCCUCUUACUAGUUCUCCUGAUAAACCGUCUCACCUUCUGUGACUCCAAUGUUAUCCCCCACUUCCUCUGUGACAUCAACCCUCUGCUGAAAUUGUCCUGCUCCUCCACAUUUGUCAAUGAAGUUGUAAUUAACACAGAAGGAUUGAUAACCCUGGUGACCCCCUUUCUGUGUGUGAUCAUCUCCUACAUCCGAAUCCUCAUUGCUGUUCUUAAGAUCCCCUCAGUGGUGAGGAAGCGCAAAGCUUUCUCUACCUGUGGCUCCCACCUCACCAUGGUGACCCUCUUUUAUGGAAGCAUUAUUUAUGUUUAUUUCUGACCUCUGUCCAGCUAUACCAUCAAGGACAGGGUGGCAACGGUCAUCUACACAGUUCUCUCCUCCAUGCUGAACCCUUUUAUCUACAGCCUGAGAAACAAAGACAUGAAGCGAGGCCUGAGGAAGCUGAUGAGCAGGGGGUCCCAGGCAGCACUUUGGUGA